AUGACGUUCCCGGCCCCAGCCCGCCCGAGGCGCGGCCUGGUCCUGAUAGCGACCUUCUUCAUCCUCACGACCCUCUUCCUCGCCGCCGCCCGCCUCGCCUCCCUCGACCUCCCCGUCCUCCACCGCCGCCCCGCCGCCGACGACAAGCCCAAACCCUCCCCCGCCGACGCCCCCAUGUCCUACGGCCAGACCGCCCGCCCGGGCUUCACCGACCUCUCCGUCCACAUCGCCGCCCUCCCCGACCGCCACGUCCCCUCCCGCGCCAACCCGGGCCGCCGCCUCGUCGUCGUCGGCGACGUCCACGGCAUGCGCGCCUCCCUCGAGUCCCUCCUCGCCUCCCUCAACUUCGACGUCGCCCGCGGCGACCACCUCGUCCUCGCCGGCGACAUGAUCAACAAGGGCCCCGACUCCCGCGGCGUCCUCGACCUCGCCAUCCGCCUCGGCGCCUCCGCCGUCCGCGGCAAUCACGAGGACAGGGUCCUCCUCGCCCACCGCGGCCUGAAGAAGUCCAGCGUCGCCGAGGAGGACGCCCACGGCAACCCCGUCCCCGAGACCGACCCCGCGGCCGAAGCCGAAGCCAACGACGACGACGACGACCUCGAGAUCCCCAUCUUCCCGCACGGCGACUCCGCCGAGCGCGCCACCGCAAAGUCCCUCUCCCGGAAACACAUCGACUGGCUCUCCGCCCUCCCCGUCAUCCUCGACGCCGGCUCCGUCGAGUCCCUCGGCAACCUCGUCGUCGUCCACGCCGGCCUCGUCCCGGGCCUCUCUCUGCAGCAACAGGACCCCUGGGCCGUCAUGAACAUGCGCGGCCUCGUCUACCCGCGCGAGGAGCUGCGCCGCAAGGAGGCCAAGAAUGCCCUCGAGGAGUACCGCAAGGCGCACACGGCCUCGCCGGGCAUCACGGACAACAUGAUCGAGCAGGAGCACGAGCGGCGCCGCAAGCCCGAGGACCGCUCCAUCGCCGUGCCCACAGACCGCCGCGACGGCUCCAGCAGCUGGACAAAGGCCUGGAACAAGCACCAGGUCAACCUCCCCGAGGCGGAGCCCCGCACCGCCGUCGUCUACGGCCACGACUCGAAGCGCGGGCUCAGCGUCGACAAGUACACCUUCGGCCUCGACUCCGGGUGCGUCAACGGCGGGGAGCUGAGCGCGCUCGUCAUCGAGGCCACGGCGGAGGGCGUGACGCACGCGGUGAAGAGCGUCAAGUGCGAAAAGGACGACGGGAAGAAGGGCAAGAAGGAGAAGAAGAGCAAGAAGGAGAGGAACAGGUGA